AUGUCAACACUUGCAGAGAGAUUCAAUAUCAACAGCCAGAUCGAGCACCUGCAGGCCAAGUACGUCGGUACGGGCCAUGCGGACCUUACCAAGUUCGAGUGGCUGCUGAACAUCCACAGGGAUAGCUACGCUUCGUACAUAGGCCAUCACAACAUGCUGGCCUACUUCUCGGUGGUGCAGAACGAGUCUAUCGGCCGCGUGCGCUACGAGUUUCUGCAGAAGAUGUUGCUACCGUGCGGCAUCCCGCCUGCAGCGGAGGGCGAGGAGGCCGCCACCGCCGAGUGA